AUGUCUCCGUACCACUCGCCUUGGGGUGACCGAGCAGCUGCUACCCUAACCAAAUUCAGAGGCUCAGAGGCAAACUCAACUGAUUUCAACAACGGCUACUGGCUAGGCGCGACCAAUGGAACGCUCACCAAUGUUUGGCAGUGGAGUGACGGAGCGGCCGUGCAAAUGGGCGCUCCGUACGUACUGGGCCGUGGUCUCUGCCAGAAUCCUUUUGUUUUGGUUGGCACUCAGUGUGUUCACUUAAUUACGACCAACUACACCUGGCACGACGCUCGUAACCAGUGUGGACUGGUCGGUGGGGGCCUGAUUGUUGUAGACGACUGCGAUCAGUACCACAAGGUUGCCCUCUACCUCGCUGAACAAGACUACCCUACCUUUUGGAUCGGGGGCUCAGAUGAGGCCGUGGAAGGACAAUGGCGCUGGGUUGACGGUUCGCCGAUGACCAUGCGACUGCCUUACUGGGCAACUACUGACGUUUUGGGGAAAGAACCCGACAAUCCUGGCGAGCAAAACUGCCUGGAGUUGAAUUGCGCGGGGAUGUACCGCUUCAGCAGCGCGUGGUGCAGUCAUGUGCGCCGGGUGAUCU